UCUAUCCCCUAGGGCCAUUAACACCUGGAGUCCUCAUGGUUGAAUCUCAAUUGGGUACAUUGUACGGAAUACUGUUAUGUUCAUUGCCAAGACCGGCGAAUCCUCCAGUCCCGAUCCAAAGUGCCGGCUCACGUGUGUCCCGCUAAUCCUCAUUCGACCGGCGUCCCUGGGGCCCCACAGGCUCCUCCCUCGAAUCUCUUAUCUGAUCAUUUUACUCACUACCUUAUCAGUGAAUACUAACCGGUUGCAGUAUCUGACCACAUUCACUUCCUCCCCCCUCAACGCUCAGACCAAUCGGUCGGGGGUGCAUGGACUACAAACCGAUCCCUCCUCUCUGAUAUGUUAAAAAGAUUCCUCCGAAAAAAGGAUGAAUAAGUAUUUCCUCUCGCUAAAGGCGGGACGUGCUACACCGUACGCUCCAAUUUAGUUUAACGUGGGAUGAGGGUCAUGCGACCCCCCGAUCCUGUCCAACAAAGACGGGGUUCACUCACGGUAAAGGGAGAUUAUCUGUCUACGGAAUAAUUUGAAAGCGGGUUUGUUGUGUUGUGUUGUGUUGUUAACUUAACAAGUGUCCUGCUUUGCCCGACUGCACUUCUCUCGGCACGGAGCGCGGCCCUCCGCCUCCAUACCGGAUACGGAAAUCCGAGUCGGGUUGGACCAAUACAACUUCAAGGUUACAACGUCGGCCGAUUCAAAUAGAAGGCCACUUUGCGAGUUAGCCAAAUCCCACGGGACAAUUGUUAAUUGUUAAUCAAAGUGUUGGGCCAGGAUAUCCUGGAAGCGCAUCGUUUAUAUGAGAACUACGGUGCAGUAUCUGGGUAUGAUUCUGCCCACAAGCUACACUCUGUAUAGAAUGGACUCGGUCGAAGACUCAGUUCGAACAGCAUGUUGACAUUUCCCUGUUCUUUGUCUGAAACAACCAUCUGUACACCGAAAAUGUCUUCAGAUGCAGAGAGCAUCGUGUUUAGUUCUAAUGCGGAGUAAUUGGCGGGGUGAGCCCG